CAAUACGGGGCGGAAGUGGCUGGGAGCGGGAGGAUGGGGGAGUUGUAGCUGGAAAUUGGAGGGGAGACUGGACGGUCAGUUGGGGGGGGCGUGUCUGGGACUGUAGAGGACUAUAUACAAGGAGUUGGUGUCAAUGGAGGAGCAGGACGCCAGGGUCCCAGGAUUGGAACCAUUCAGGGUGGAACAGGCACCACCUGUAAUCUACUAUGUCCCUGACUUCAUCUCCAAGGAAGAAGAGGAGUAUUUGCUUCGACAGGUUUUCAAUGCCCCAAAGCCAAAAUGGACCCAGCUAUCUGGGAGGAAGCUACAGAACUGGGGUGGGCUCCCCCAUCCCCGGGGGAUGGUCCCUGAGCGACUGCCCCCAUGGCUCCAGCGCUACGUGGACAAAGUGUCUGACCUCAGCCUUUUUGGGGGUCUCCCAGCUAACCAUGUCCUCGUGAACCAGUAUCUGCCUGGGGAGGGCAUCAUGCCUCAUGAGGAUGGACCACUUUACUACCCAACUGUCAGCACCAUCAGCCUGGGCUCCCACACUGUCCUUGACUUCUAUGAGCCUCGACAGCCAGAGGAUGAUAGCCUUGUGGAACAGCCCCGGCCGCCUCCACAGCCCAUCACUUCCCUGCUGGUGGAACCACGUAGCCUACUGGUGCUCCGGGGUACUGCUUACACGCGCCUCCUCCACGGCAUCGCCGCAGCCCACGUGGAUGAGCUGACCGCCACUUCCCUGCCACCUAAUGCCACUGCCUGCAGAUCUGCUCUGCCCGGAGCCCGCCUGGUGCGCGACACCCGCGUCUCACUGACCAUCCGCCGCGUGCCCCGCGUGCUGCGAGCCGGCCUCCUGCUCAGCAAGUGACAUCAGGCUCCCGGCCCUGCUCAAGUUCCCUGGCUCCUGCCUUGGGACCCUGGGGUAGAGGCAGCUGUCCAGGAUUUUCUUAGUAACUGGAAACCAUGGGAGAAGGGACACCAUUCCAAAUAAACCAAAAAUAUCUCUUUGGUUUUAGAUGUU